AUGUCUGGCCGUGGCAAAGGUGGCAAGGGCUUGGGCAAAGGGGGUGCCAAAAGGCACAGGAAGGUUCUUCGUGAUAACAUCCAGGGAAUCACUAAGCCCGCUAUUCGCCGGCUGGCUCGCCGCGGAGGAGUGAAACGUAUUUCUGGGCUGAUCUACGAGGAGACUCGCGGUGUCCUAAAGGUGUUUCUGGAGAACGUGAUCCGCGAUGCUGUAACUUACACGGAGCACGCGAAAAGGAAGACCGUGACCGCUAUGGAUGUGGUGUACGCCUUGAAGCGCCAAGGCCGUACUCUCUAUGGAUUUGGCGGCUAA